AUGGCCGGGUUGUUGUCAGAGGAGAGCCGCCGUGAUCUGGUUCGUCCAAUACUGAUGGGUCUCUUCGAUGACAAGAGCUGGCGUGUACGGUACAUGGUAGCGGAGAAAUUAGAUCGAGGUAUCAUUCAGCUAAGUAUCCAAGAGGGUAUCGGUGAAGAAAUGACAAUGAUUGACCUUGUUCCUGCGUUCACUAGUCUUCUAAAGGAUCCUGAAGGAGAAGUCCGCGGUGCAGCAGCUCAGAAAUUGAACAGUUUGUUGCAGCACGUGAAGGCUGAGCUUGCGGGCGUGAUAAUGGAUUUGGCACCGCUUGUUGGAAAAGAGAACACACUUUCUUCCUCACCUUCUGCCCAUUUUAUGCAGCUACUGAAGGACAGCACUGCCGAAGUCCGUCUCAAUAUCAUAAGCAGCCUCAACAAGGUCAACGAUGUCAUCGGGACAUCGCAGCUUUCGCAGUCCCUUUUUCCAGCUAUCGUUGAACUUGCAGAGGAUGGAGAAUGGCGCGUUAGACUGGCCGAUUGUUCAGCUCAUGCCUCUUCUUGCAGCACAGCUCUUUAUGCAAUCCGUGAAGCUGCAACGGUCAUUCUCACUGAGCUUGCUGGGAGAUUCGGUGGCGUGUGGGCAACGAAGAAUAUAAUGCCCAAAGUGCUCACCUUGUCUAAGGAUCCCAACUACCUGCAUCGUAUGACUUGCCUGUUUUGUCUCAAUUCACUUGCCGCAGCUGUAGGGCCCGAACGAACUGCAAAAGAAAUCAUGCCAGUGAUCAAGGAGCUCAGUGAAGAUAACAUACCAAACGUACGAUUGAAUGUGGCGAAGGGAUUAUUGAAGAUUGGAAAAGUGGUGGAUGCAAGCCUGCUUCAAAACGAAAUCAAGCCAAUUCUGUUGAAUUUAUGCAACGAUGCCGAUUUUGACGUUCGUUACUUCGCUGAAGAAACAAAGAGCACCCUAGGAUUACAUUAG